AUGCUGGACCCUGAAGCGUUCAUCCGACUCCCCGCCCCGGCUCUUCGGCUCAUCUUCUCCCAUCUGGACCCAUGGGAUCUGCUGAACUUGGCGGAUGCGGCUGUCGAGUUGGAAGAAUUCAUCGCCUCGGCCCCCAAGCACUUCUACAACGUGAAAUUCCGCUCAUUUACCGUCACCCUGGAACGCGGUGGUCGAUUGCACGAGUAUAACAAGGGAUAUUUCUAUGAAAGGGUCGAUUCCCAUCGCCAUGGCAAAUAUCGAAGAUUCAAGGAUUCGAGGCGAAAGUCCAGAGAAACGUACAAGGAAACGCUGCGCCGUCAUUAUUCAUUGCUGCUGACGAAUUGUUACGUUGAUUUGUUUGUCUAUAAAGACCCGGCGGAGGAGACUCUUCGAUGCAGAAUUUUGGACGUACAGCAGCCAGUUCAUCUAAAUGACCUUCAAAAUUUGAUAGAGAAAUGCGACGCCUCGGCUCUUCGUCUCGAUACCAAAACUGGCCCGAUAGAGCAGAUGAUGGAAAAGCUGGGAAGAAAUGAACAAUGGAAGCCGUUGAAAAGGAUAAACUCGCUGCAACUGAAAGUACCGCUGGGCCACCUUGAACAAUACGCAAUGCUGAAGACCAAGCGCUUCUUCCUGACGGCCAUCGAAAAUUCGGAAAAUGCGACAGGACGAUGUGAUCCGCUCUUUCCACUUGCUGACCGGUUGAUUAAGGAAUGGGCAUCCGGUGAUCGAGAAAUCGAUUUCGUCUACCUUUCGAUACGGGUUCGCGGCGAUUACGAGCAUACGAUAGGCGACGAAUCACGGGCUCAAAUGGCGGAAUGGUUGAAGCCCUAUGAAGGACGACAGUGGAAUUCGUUGCGAUAUACCUGUGGCCUCAUCAAAAGAGAUAAUCAUUCCGGCCUCCUCAUCGCUGACCUGAGCUGCUCGAAGCCGGCGAUUCUGCUGAUUGGCUGUGAUUAUAACACCAGAAGCCGUCGCUUCCUUCAAUUCGAAAACACGGCACUGGAAAACGAGAUGCAGAUGCUCAACGACGGCUUCAAGACGUUGAAAGUGAUGAGCGUCGGUCGAGAAGGACUAAGAAGAGCCAAGGAUGGAGACGAUCAGCCAUGGGAAGACCUCAUAUUCACGAGGGACGGGGCCGCCAGAAGAUUGGCUCCUGGUGAGGUCGAGCCACCGAAGCUGCCCAGCCGGGAGUGGCGAGCGAGUUGGUGGCGCUUUCUCGACAACCUCACUGCCCUCGAAAAUCACUUUGACGGUGUCGACGCGCGGGAAAGGCGCAUUGAGCAGGUUUUCACGCCGAUUUCUGGGGAAUGGCACGGCGCGGUGUGCACGACGCUCUUCGACGACAACCAACACUUGUUGGACUGUUUUCCGAACCGCGCCUGCUACCCGCCUAUCCAUCGUCAUCACCCGCUCGCCCACUAUCUGAUGGCCACCCAAUUCGACCGCCACAAUCUACAACCCGCUAAAUUUUUCAAAUAUUGGGCUCGU